CGAGAUUGAACAGUGUCCUGUCAAUCAUUCAUUAGUUGCCACUCAUUCUUGUGGGGGGAAGAAGACCAAUUCAUUUUCUGCCAAUUAGCAGACAAAAAACAGAUUAUCCACAGAAAGAUAAAUGUUUGAGGAUCAUAUUCCCCACUGCCAACUAAUGUUUAUCUCGCUUACUGGUCUAUAAAUCGCCACGUCUAUUGUACAUUAUAGAAAUGAAUUGUGAACGAGAAGGAAAAUAAUCCUGACAAGGGAAAAAAAAUCAGUCCUUUUGCCCAAAAAUCUUCCUGGACUCUUCUUCUUUUCAUAUUCCUUCUCUGCAAUUCCAUUUAUGCCUGCUUCAUUUUGAAAAAUUCUUUUCAAAAAUACUUGUAUCUGAGUAAUUUUACAGGCUAUGGCAGUUUCUUUUGAAAGUUUAUCAUCUGUAUGUGAAAGAGCCCAAAAUUGUGGCAUCAGUUUUAAACCCAACUCCAGAAGAGCUAUCAGUGAAAGAACCCAAAAUUGUGGGAUCAGUUUCAGACCCAAUUCCAGAAGAGCUAUUAUCGGCACAAAAAAAUGCAAAUUUAUGUUUAGAAUUAAUUGCAGUGGAAGAGGCAGACAUGGAGGCGGACUAAAUCACUAUUCACGCCAGGCUUUCAGUAGUUCCUCUGUUGAAGAUGCUUUGAUCACUUCAUGGGUGCUAUAUAAGCAUGAUGAUGUAAAGCCCAAAUCAAUUCCAUCAAAACCCACUUCUCCUGGUUAUGAAAAUGUUCAGGCAGUUGCUGAUGAUAACCAGACCACCAGUUUUGUGGCAGAUGCUCAAGGUAGGAAAGGGAGGCAAAAUUCUAGAGUGGGGAAUCCUUCACUUAGUCUGUCACAGAGCUUUGAUGUACAGACUAGCAGUGGGUACAUUAUUGGAGCUACAGGCCCCCCUGCAACCUUAUCAAAACCAUUUGCAGGAGGGGCUGGAUUGUAUAUGGCGCUGGUGUUUGCACUUUUGGGUAUCACCACUGCUGGAGCCUCUUUGUUGGGGAUGAAUUCAUCUCAGGAGGAAUGCACCAAAUGUUCUGGUUAUGGAGUAGAGAGAUGCCACCUGUGUCAAUCUACUGGAAUCAUAAAAUGUGAAAUGGAUACCGUGCAUUAUAUUACUUGUCCUUUGUGUUUUGGUUCCCUUACAAAAAAGUGUUCAAGCUGUGAUGGUGUACGCAUGAGGAAGGGUGUGCCCCCAUUCUUGCAACAGGAGCAGGUCAGAUCUUCACAGAGAAGCAAUAACUGACAGUAGAACAAGGGGAAUACAUUUUUGUUUUUAUAAUAUACCAUGCUGAAAAAUAUGAGAAAUGGUGUAUUUAGAAUGCCAAAUAUCAUUGGUUGAGCCUUUAGUUUCUCAUUAGAAUUAGAUCCCAAAUAGUAUUCAUCCUAUAGGUUCUGUAUAUAUAUAUAUAUAUAUACAGGAAAUGUAGAUUUUUCCAGAGUUAGUGAUAAAAGACCAUCAAGAGAUCUUAUGAUUUUGAAAUGGUCUGUGGCAAAAGUUAUGGUUGGAGCUCAUUUUCCUCCAAUUUAUAUUGUACAGUUCAUUAGUAACCUUAAACACCUAAUAUGGUCUUUACACGCCCUUAAGACCAAUGUACUCAUCUAAGGCAUAUCCAAGCAGUAAGACUAUCUACAGGAAACUGUAAUGUAAUCUUGGAAGAUGAGAACUAUUGUAUUUUUGUAUACUUGCAGUGGCAUACAAACAUGAAUAAUGUUUUGAAGUGAAAUUGAUUUAAGUUGUACGCACAAAAGUUAGGUUUCAGAGGACCAACAAAUCAAUAUGAUUCAUUUGUGAUGUAUGUUA